AUGUCUUCAAUAUCCCUUGGCAAGAAGCGAUGGGAUUCAACCUGGAAUGGCCUGCCUGCAGAAAUCCGGCUUCUCAUCUUAAAAGCCCUGAUGCAAGACGGUUGCACACUGAGUCGCUUGGCCACAGUGUCUCGAGACUGGCAAACGGAAUUCGAGCGGCAUAACUUCGCCCAAAUCAGACUGACACCAUCGAGGCUCGCUGAUUUUGAUUCGAUGAUCCAUCGAAAUCGGGCUCUUGUGCGGUAUAUAUGGUUCUGUUUGGAACUUGAUGACUACGAUUGCACCAAAUGCGCACCUACCCGUGGAAUGCUCUCACAUGUAGAGUGGGAAGAUGCCCUGAACGAGUCACUGACUAUUACUGAUACGGAUCACUGUCCUAUCACCAUGUCAUUCCAGGGACUUUUCUCGAAUCUCAGCAGAUGGGAUCCAAAUGGCGACUUGAGGCUCGAUAUCAGUAUCUACUCGCUUAGUGACUCUCAACAUUGGUUUAAAUAUCUAACCUUUAUGCCCGACGCCCCUACAGAUACGCUAGAUGGUGAUGACAUAGAGCAGACGAUGUCGAACAAAGUCUUCCAUAAUCCUGAACAUGGCUGGGUUGCCGGGUUUCGACACUCCGCUCCGCCUCGGCCGGCUAUGCGCAAAGUCUUCCAUUCAGUCAUGGAAGAGGGACCGUUUGAUAGCGAUACAUUAGAGUACCAAUGGUGGGAUCAACUUCCAUCGGUUCCGGCUGUGACCAGUUUGCUUCUCCGGCAACAGAACCGCCGGAGAUGGAAGCCGGACUCGCUUGCGCAUAUGUUUGCCCGUUUCCCUAGACUCCAAGAAGUCCACUAUGAGCCCUGGAGGGAAUGGGACAGUAUUUAUAAGCAGACAGAUCAAAGAUAUCAAUAUCUUUUCAACUCUAUUCAACGUUUGAACAACAAUCUCAAGAGUCUUGUGGUUUUCGAGAACUUUAAUCAGCAAUACCCAGUUUUUAUGCAGAUGUUCAUGAACGGGGAAGACUUGGCCGAAUGCGACAGCACUCGAAACCCAGACCCAGCUGUUAGUCGGGCGAUCGCGCUCGCCAGCCUCAUGCUCGAGCAUCUCGCAGCAUCCUUCCUUGCGGAUGCUAGGGACUUCUUCGAGAUUGAGCCCUCUUGGGAGUGGCCGAAUCUGACUUCGCUUGUGCUCACUUCAAAAUUUCUAACGCCCGUCAACGAUCCGACGGAAAUUGGGGCCAUACUUGAGGCAGCGGCGGCAGCGGCAACAAAGAUGCCCCGACUGGACACAAUGGAGAUCUGGAAUGGACGAAAGGGGUUUGCGGCGCUCUUCAAGUAUCAGGCCUCCCGGAAUGCACAGCAAGGUACGAUCACUUGGAGAGGCACAUGGGAGUUCGUCUUGGAACCAUCUAUCAUCCAGGCUUGGGAAGCCGUAAUACAUAAGUUUCACGGCUGGAGACUCAAUUUGGUUGAGGAACGGUUGGAUGGAGCUGCUAUCAAGUCUCACGCUGAUGCAAUCCGCUACCUGAUGCUUUCAGGCCAGGUCAUCCGGCCCAUCUCGCUGCAGCAGAUCCGGAUGGAACAGAAAGCCCUGGAGGGCGUGGCGACCGUGUGA